AUGGAAGAGUGGAAGAGAUUAGGAGUUUUAGGAGAAGGUUCAUAUGCUAUAGUGUAUCUUGUUGUUGUGAUUUCUCAGAAAGAACAUACUUCGAAUGUUGUAGCUGUGAAAUCUUCAAAGCCUUGUUGCUAUGUUUCACUCCAAAAGGAGCAAAGGAUAUUGGAGUUAUUCAAAGGUUGUGAAGAAAUUCUUCAAUGUUAUUUCUAUCAAGAGACUAUUGAGAAUGGUCGUAGGACCUACAAUCUCUUCAUGGAAUAUACUCCUUGUGGUACUCUUGGUGAUUUAAUAAAAAAAGGGUCGCUGUCAGAGAAGGAAGUGAUAACGUACACUCGGAUGCUUCUCAAGGGACUUCGCUCUAUUCAUAAAGAAGGAAUUAUUCAUUGUGAUCUCAAACCGGCCAACAUUCUUCUCUUUCCUUCAUCCGAUGAUAAUGCAAAGUAUCAACUAAAGAUCGCUGAUUUUGGAUUGUCCAACACUAUAGGAGAUGCAAAUGUUGGUCUAGGAGAGAUCAUGUUCAGAGGUACACAUAUUUACAUGUCACCAGAAUCAAUUAUAGGUUUGAUGGGAACCGCGUUAGAUAUAUGGUCUCUUGGAUGCAUUGUUAUUGAGAUGAUGACUGGAUUUCCGCCAUGGACUAACAUACAAAGCAUCGAAGAGCUAAUGUGGAAGCUUGGACUCCUUCAAGAAGUACCAAAGAUACCUGAUGAACUUAACUGGGAUUGCAAAAACUUCCUCAGUAAGUGCUUUGCAAAGGAUCAUAGAGAGAGGUGGAGUGCUGCAAUGCUUCUUGAUCAUCCUUUCAUUCAAAAGGAAUAUCCAACCUCUUCUAUGUUUAAUCCCUCAUCUUUUUUCUCAUAUGAUAUUGUCAUCUAG